UUUAAGAAUUAUGUCCCAAAAAACCCUUGAUGCAUUUUUUCAAACUAUUCAUACACCAGGGUGCAGUAAAAUCUAAACAUAAAUAUAUACAAUCACGGGGCGCUCCCCCACCGACUGGUACCUUCAUAUUAUGAUUUUAUCAAAACUGUUAAAUCAAAGGCAUUGUGCUUAUUACAUAUGUAAUAAUAAGUAUUGAGAAACUGUUUGUGUACCAAUGAUUUGUUUGUUUUAAACAAUUUUUCCGUGUCGUUUUAUGAUAUCACUCAACUUUAUUGAUGGAAGUGGGUCUGCUUGGCAACUUAGAUAAUCACCACUACUAUUAUACUUCACCAACCAUUUGUUCUUUUAAAGGGACAAUUUAGUCAAGCAUGCUUUUUAUAAUUCAAACAGAAAUGAUAAAACAUACAGUAUAUCCAGACAAAAACAUUUGCGGUCAAUAAUUAUCUCUACGUAGCCAAUGUCAAUUAGGGUCAGUUUAAGUUUUAGGAAACCCCACGUCAAAUAUAGGUAUUAUGUUGUCCGUUUGUAUGAAAUAACUUAUGUCAACCUUAACUGAAGUAAAAUGAGCUUACAAAAGAAAAUAAUUUAAUGUUUGUUAUUUUCUAGAAAAUCGUGGACGAAAACCAAACAACACAUGGAAUUGCCUUAUUUUCCUGAUGUCAAAGUCUAACGAUGACUUUAUUCCGACAGCGGCAGAGAAAAACAGACUUCAGCGUUGUGGAUUUGGAUACCCCAGCGUCCAGUUGAGUAACCAGGACCGAUAUCCAGUGAAGACUGCUAUAGAAGCGGGGAGCUUAGAGGAUCUUGAAGACAAUAUCGUUGACCUCUACCCUAAUCUGAGCUUGAGGUUGUCAGGAUUUGGGUAUGCUAAAGCAGACAAAGGGCGUCGCCUAAAAAUCCUACAUCCUACGACUGCAGUAGAGUUAAGAAACUUGAUAGGCCAGGGAAAGUUGUUUCUCAUUCCCAGGAGGGAUUUAAGAGUUCCAUCAAAUGACGACAGUAAUGCCAUUGUCCAAGGAGGAGAGCAACCAGCACCAGGACCAGUAGCAGCUCCAGAGUCACCCAUUGGAUUCCUGAAUCCACCAUCACGUGAACUGGAAGAGGACCAGCCAAUUGUAAGUAUAAGAUAUACCACUGAUUGAUACACAAAUGUGUUGAUGUGAAAACAUCAAGGCUAUCAGAUUAAAUUUUUUUUCACUUUCGAAACCCAACCAUGCACCUUAUCAAGGUGGAUUUGCAAAACGUCUUGCAUAUGAUCUGUGUGUCUCUGAGUUAUUUCAAGAACUUGCA